AUGUCAGACCGGGGUCGACCACCUAAGCCGCCAAGUAGACCAGAAUCUCGACACGACAGGCCGACAUGGACCGUCACUCGACGGGAACGAACUGAACAAUCUCCUUUGAGAAGCGGAUCCCCUUUUCAAUCACGAACUGUAACAACGACCGAAAGAGUUCAAAUUAUGCAAUUACCACUUUCGCUCACAGAGCAACAGGUUGCACCAGCUGAACUAUUGGCUCUUUCACCAACGGCUAACACAAGUCAAUCCGUCUCGUCCACGAUAACGACGUUACAGGCUGAAGGGACUCCAGUCAUAGGAGCAAUAACAGCUCAAGGGGUACCACUAUACUUAGGAAUUGUUCAUCAAGCUGAUGCUCGUCACACAACAACGAUCAUCACAACGACAACGACUACAUAUCGCGUAUUGGAAGUGAGCGACAGCGACUCUAUGUCCGACGAUUUCGAUAUGAUAGAACAGCAACAAAAGCAACAAAUAACUUCACCUAUCCCUAUAGGAGAUUCUUUGACUAUAGAUAUGAACAUCAUACCCAGGUCGCAAUCACCACAGUACGUUAUCGUUAACAAAUCCGAAUCCGAAGCACCUCUGUCUCCAAUCACAAGAGCAAGAAUGCAAAUCGAUAUUGAUUUCAAUGACUCAACCUGGAAUUCUCCUGCAUCUCCCAGGCAGACAGACUUAGAUUCGAGCAUUGACGACUUUGAUGUGAUACAUCCUACUUUCGACAGAAUGAACACUACAGCAUCUCAAUACGACUAUCCCGAAGACCAACAAACGCCAUCAACUAGCUUUGCAAACGGUAACAUCACAGAUCAAAAUGCCGAAAACUCCAUGAAAGAGAAAAAUAGGCAAACAUACGAUGGUCCACUAUCUACGACUGAAAGAUCUUCCGAAGUACAUGGAGACCCAUUAACUCAUCACGUAGCUGUGUACCACAGUGGUAAAUCUGAUGAGCAACCAUCUACAUCUCAACCACAAAAACCAGAAGAAGAACUGGACAUCACUGAGAAGGCCAAGAGCUUCG